AUGGAUGAGUUCGAAUGGGUAUACAAACACGAAGUCAAUCCACUCGUGGAUGAGGAUAAUUUCAGUAUGCUCAUUGAGCGCAAUUAUGGAGACUUUCUGGUCAUUCAACACGGUUACCUACCGUUCUCCUAUGUUGCUACUUUAGGAAAGAGAAGCGACAGCGUUCUAUUUGAGGGGCUAUCACCGAUCAAUCGACCUGCUUAUCGUCGGCGCAAGAAACAAACAGAACGUCAGCGUGCAAUGGUGACUGAAAUUGUCGAUGAGGAGCACGACGAGACCACUGAAUUGAAGCUGGAGAGGGGCAAGUCUCGCGAUAAAAACUUGAAGAGAAAACGUCUCAGUCGCGCAAACAAGUAA